CUUUCUCCACUUUUUUUUUUUAACUUUUACAAAACAAAGUUUUCUUCUAAAAAAAAUUAUUUUAUUUUUGAUAAAAGAAAAAAUGUUCGAUCAUUUGGAUUCGGAAAGUAAAUUAUGGACAGAUGAUCUGGAGGUGUGCAAUCAAACAGGUGGGGGAUAUGCAACAAAUCAGAAAUAUCGCGAAGAUGGAAAUCGAAGCAAUGAAUCCAAAUUCCGGGACAGGAGUUUUCACAUAAAAGUCGAUGAAAAUACGUUCCUGUAUGCAAUCUGCUCGGGGCACAAUGGCUCAAAGGUGGCACAUUUGGCCAUUCAGAGGAUCGCUGCAGAGAUCGCCUUCGGAGGCCUAAGCGGGAAAUCCAGUGAGGAGGAAGUGAAGGAAGUCCUCCGACAGACCUUCAUAGCAGUAGAGAAGACGUAUCUGGAAACAAUAGACGCCCUCCUGGCAAGGAAGGCAUUCAGACAGUAUGAAAUACCAGAGGGAAUCAGUCAGUAUGAGAUCUCACAGAAGUACCAACACAUCCUGGAUGAACUGAAGCAGAUAAAUGAGGAGUUGUCCGUGGGAACGAGUGUGGUGAUUGCCUUGAUUUGCCAUAAGAAAUUGUACAUAGCCAACAUUGGCAAUUGUCGGGCUCUGCUCUGCAAGAGUGAUGCUAACAAUGUCCUACGAGUUGUGCAGCUUAGUGUGGAUCACAAUCUCUACAAUGAGGAUGAGAUUCUGAGGUUGUGUCAGCUUGGUCUCGAUCCACAGGCACUGCGUCAAGCUCCCUUGAGCUGUACCCGAUGCAUCGGGAGCUACAUGAAUAAGACAGGCUACCGCGAUUGCGACUUCCUUUCCGGAGCCUCAGGGGAACCUGUGAUCUCUCAACCCGAAAUUGUUGGUGCCAUCCCCAUGGAUGACACAUGCAGCUUUCUCAUUCUCAUGUCAAGUGGAAUGUGCAAAACCCUCCAGGAGAUCUUCUCAUCGGAAGUAACGCAAGUCAAUAAAGAGAUGAUUCAAAUGGCCGUGGAGCAAUUCCGAACGCAAUCAACCAUGUCGGGAGUAGCACAGUCGGUUGUCCAUAAAAUUGUACAAUUUCAUCAUGAUCUCUACAUGGAGCACGUCCAGGAGCGCGAAAGAGAAGACAGCCCCCUUCCAUUCACACGCCGUGACGACAUUACCCUCCUUAUCAGGAAUUUUAAUUUUGUCAUGCCAAAGAGGGGAACGGUGCGAUUCAAUUCUGUCGUCCGAGAGCACUCUGCCAAUAAUUCAAUCAUCUUCACGGAUACAAACACCUUAUCCAGCACCAACACGUCCCAAUAUAUGAACACAAACAGCUCAACGUCUUCCUAUUCCAGUCAGGGUAGUCGCUACCGACGUGAACAAGAGAAAAUUCCACCUUACGUGGAUUUUUCUGAGUACUACAGGAGUGUCGAGGAAGCCAAGAAGACUGGACAACUCCCUCCAGGCAUUGAAUUUGACUAGACUCUUUACUUUUGAAGCCAAAAAAAGUCUUCUGUUUCACUAUAAAAAUGUAUAAAAAAAAGUAUUUUUAUUAAAUUGUUUUGAGAUUUUAUAAUGAA